UGGCAGCGGACAUGCCCAGACCAGUACACCGCCACUGAGACCGGGAUUCAGCUCUUCGCCUGGUUUAAGCUUGCCAGAAUGAACGGAACAGCAGACAUCUGCAACCACUGUCGGAACAUGAUCAGAGAAAAGGAAAAAGGAAUGAAGAUGUCAAGACGUAUAUCAACAGGACCAAGCUCAUUUAUUCCAGAAAAUGAGAUCAUAGGAGGCAUGCCUCUAAACGACUCCACAGUGAUGUUCUUAGAGGAAGAGUUCAGCGGUCGUAUGGACAACCUGACGCAGGUGAUGGGGCUCCACCCACAUUAUCUGCAAGCCUUCCUGCGCUGUCACUACUAUCUCUUAAGGAUGGACGGCCCCCUACCACUCCACUAUAGGCAUUAUAUCGCUAUAAUGGCUGCAGCACGGCAUCAGUGUUCCACGCUGGUCUGUCAGCAUGUGCAAGAGUUCGAGCAGAUUGGCGUGUGUUCUGAUUGGUUGAGAGGUCUGGAGUUCUGCCCACAACGACUUCGCAACCUCAACGAGAUUAACAAGAUCCUCGCGCACAGACCUUGGCUUAUUACCAAGCAACACAUACAGGCUCUGGUGAAGACAGGAGAACACAGCUGGUCUCUGGCAGAGCUGGUUCAUGCGGUCGUACUGUUGGCACAUUUCCAUGCCUUGGCUAGUUUCGUGUUUGGUAGCGGCGUCAACCCUGACCCUGAGGUCACAGAGGUCAACGGGGUCACGGAUGAACUUCGCCCUCCAGCCAUGGCAGGUUUAUGCACCUGCCACCUAACAAACAGCAACCAAGCCAACGGGAACCCCCUGCGUAACCCUGACACUGGGAGUGAGCUGGAAGCUCUGAUGGAGAGAAUGAAACGAUUGUUGGAGGAGAGAGAAGAUGAUGAUGCCUCAGAGGAGGAGAUGUUCACUCGCUUUGAGAAAGAAAAGAAAGAGAGUCUUCUAGUGGUGUCUGCAGGGUUCGAUAAGGAAGUGGCGCCUUCUUCUCCCGUGGCUCGCUUUGUAGACGACCCUUCAUUUGGAUACCAAGACUUUGCACGACACGGAGAAGACAACCCACCCACUUUUAAAGCACAAGACUACACAUGGGAGGAUCAUGGUUUCUCUCUGGUGAACAGGUUGUACUCUGACAUCGGUCACCUAUUGGAUGAUAAGUUCAGAACGGCGUGUGAUCUCACCUAUUACAACAUGGCCAGUCACGAGGGGGUGGACACUAGCAUGCUGCGCAGGGCUCUCUUCAACUACGUCCACUGUAUGUAUGGAAUAAGAUAUGACGAUUAUGACUACGGUGAGGUGAAUCAGUUGUUGGAGCGCAGUCUGAAGGUUUACAUUAAAACAGUGACGUGUUAUCCAGAGAGAACCACGAGGCGCAUGUACGAGAGCUACUGGCACCAGUUCAGACACUCCGAGAAGGUCCAUGUGAAUUUGCUUCUAAUGGAGGCUCGAAUGCAGGCAGAGCUGCUCUAUGCUUUGAGAGCCAUCACUCAUUAUAUGACCUGACCAAUCAGACGUCGCCAUUUCUAUGACUUGACCAAUCAGACUUCAUCUUAUCGGUGACCUGACCAAUCAAACCUCGCCCACCAUAUAUAGGCAUCAUUAAUAUACCUAAAAUCAACUAAAACUUAUUUUUUGAAUCACAAAGCUUGUACCUUUGCAUAUUGAAUUAUCAUAAUUGUGUCCAAAAUCGUGUAUACUCUUUCUUAAACUGUUCUGAUUGGUAACUGAAUGAAGGACACUGAAUACGGAGUAUAACCCCAACCUAUCAAAAUGGGACCUAAUAGCGUGUUCAAAUGAAUAGUCAGUAAGAAUUGUGGGUGGGCAGACUUGACUUUAUCUUUAAUUUUGUCAGGCGAAUCCCAACAUUAAAACACACAUCCACGGACUUGACCUGAUCAAUCAGACGACAUCAUGACUUGACAAACCACGUUAACGUGCAAUAUUUCAGUUUUUCUCACUGAAGUUUCACUUACACUGUAAGCUGAAAUACUGGAGAACUGAGUUCACAUUUUCAAACAGGAAGUUGUCUUUUUUUUCUUUUUUUGCACAUCUGAGAAGAACUGUACUGUUUUCGGAACAGAAUACCAUUUACCUUUUUUGUAAUAUUAAUAACAGAAUGUGAGACUCCUGUAUGGAGCGAAAAAGUCUUUUCUUUCUUUUGUUAAAUCCCUGUGCCUUUUUUUUCUUUUUACUCUUACUCGUUUCAUGUUGAAUGUAUUUUUUUUUGCGGUUAGUUUCAAGGCUUUUUCAGAUCAAUUUGGUUUGGUUUAGUUGUUUACUUGGAAGCUUUUGUAGCAUUAUUACUGUACUAUCAGUCCUUUACCAUUUCCUUCGAGCCUCAGUGUUAUACUUUAGAUAGCAACAUUCAUUUUUCAUAUAUGUUGUUGCAAUAGCUCUACUAAUCACAUCUCAUGACUUAAUUUCUGCGUGAGUGCGCGCGUGUGUGUGUGUGUACGAGAGAGAGCUUUAACAUGUAGCCGAAUGUCUUUCUGCAUAGGACAAAGUUUUUGCACAUCUGUCGCACAUCUUUUUCACUGGUGUGCCUCUGUGAAAGAAAUCCAUGCACAGGAGCAUGAGAGAGUUUGUGUGUGUGUGUGUGUGUGUGUGUGUGUGUGUGACUGCCUGUAGGGAGCGUCUGGAAACCUAACUACUUUUGAUACUAUUGAUGCGAUCAUUACUGUCCAUCAGACCGUUUCUCAAAGGUUUAUUUAUAUUGCUUUAAGAAUCUUUGCUUCAUAUUUGCACAACUCUUUAUCAAGGUGCAGCAUCAGUGUCCUUUAAAAAUAGAUUAGGAUUGCGUCCGAAAUGAAACGUAUAGUGAAAAGAUAAGCUUUAUAGAAUGGGACGAAGCGGUGCAUGGUCCAUUCUCACGGACAGUGCCUUAUCACGUUUAGAAACGCAGGUUAGAUUUCAUUUAGUCGUAUGUACAAGAGAUUUUUUUUCAUAUGUAUCAACGGAGAAAGUAAAUCUAUCUUCAAAGUGCCUUUAAAACUUAGUUGCAAUUGUUUUAAAGUGUAUGCAGCGGAUACAAUGGCAAGCGUUUUUUAAAUAUUAGGCAUACGCGUCUAAUACAUUUCCUAUUUGUGUUUAUUCCGAUCAAGGUGGUGCUAUGAAGCUUUCGUGUUCUCCAAUAGCUAUAAAUUUAUACAUUUCCAAAAUGCCCAUCACAGACCUGUAUGUUUCAAUAAAGUUUCUAAACAAA